AUGGACCACGAGGCGGGGCCGUCGAGGCAGCGCUCCGUCUUUUCGUGCUCGCCACGCGACUUUCAUUUGCCUCAGUCGAUCAUUGAGGUGGAAGAUGUCGCGGUGCCGCGCACACCGGAGUCGCGCAUACCUAUACCUGCAAAGCGGCAUACCCCAGCGCGGUGCGUGCCGGCAGUGCUACGGGAUAAGAACAAGAUGCGCGUGGCUGAGCUCCUGCAAGAAGAACGGGCGCCCAGCUGUUUUGAAAUUGCGUCUGAGGCGCGUCUGCAGCGACACUUGAUGGGUCAGACGUCGCUACAGGACCAUGUAUCUCGCCGUGUGCGGCGAUCACGCAUCGCACAGGAGCGCGGCGUGCGCGUGACGAGCCUAUUAGGCGUGUCCCACGACGAAGAGGAGGAAGAGGAGGAGGAGGAGGAGGAGGAAGAAGAAGAAGACAACAUGUCGGAUCUGGGUCCUAUGGCCUUGCCACCUGCGGACGAUGGCGUCAUGUGUGAGGACGUGGACGUGCCUCUCGCUUGGGCCACGCCGCCUCUGCCACCGCAUCCACCGACGGCCAGUCCCCGCACAGGCACAAAGCGCAAGUGGGACGAUGAUACAUCCAUGACACGCCGACGUCCAGCGCCUCUCCCACCUUGGGUAGCGAACGCAUCCACGCACAUCGCAUCGCCACGUUGGCCGCUUUGGAGUGCCAGUGGCGGAGGAACUGUCUCGCCCUCCUCCUCACCGCUGGCUCACAGCGGCACUACGACACGUCGUGUGCCGACGCCAGUCUUAUCUUCGAACGCGUAUUGUCACGGACAUGCGCGUGCCGCGACGCCACCGGCGAUUGCGAUCCCACGGCCCAUGUCCCCGACCCUUUCCGCCUGGCAACCCCUCGCUCGAUCACCAGGCACGGGCGGCUCGGGGCCGGGGUACGGCAGUGGCGCCAUUGGUCUGCGACUUGGUUCGCGUGUCGCAUGGGACACGGCGCACGUCAGCACGCAUGCCGAAGGCCACGACAUGGACGAAGGCGUCCGCAUGAUGGGCCUGUCCUAG